UUUUUUCAAUCAAUACUCAUCCGAAACUAUUCCCGAUAAUUCCAGUCCCAAUAUACUCUAAUCUAACCUUCCGUCAGUCGCUUGGUCGCCGUCGCCGUCUUUCUCGGCCGGCUUCGUCUCUUACAUCGCCAGGAAAUUGUAAGGUCACUCAUUCCCUUCUAAUAGGAUAUAUAGAGAAGCGACUGUGAGAAUUUGACAAGGAUUUGGAAGGCGGCGGAUAUACACCAACGGAAAAGGUGCAAUUGCGGCGAAGAACGGGGGGCUUUUAUCAACACAAUCAGACGUGGGAACCCGUAGCCGCUACCCGAAAGUGCGCACUGGGUAAGGGUUAUGACUUAUUUGAUCAUACUGAAGUUGAAGUGCUGGGACAAAAGAAUCUUCCGUAAGUUGUCUGAAAACACUUUUCCAAUCUCUCGCUACAAUGCUGCCCCAAAACCUCAUCUUAAACCCACAUUUCUCCUCCAAAUUUCCCAAUCCUCUUCUUGAAACCUUACCUCGAUCACACCUUCCGCCAUCCCGAAGAUCUUCCAAGAUAAAGAUAAUUCAGGCACGGGUCUCUAAUUCUGAUUUCUUCCUCCAGAAUGCCAAUCAGCGGCCUGAUUUGCGAGCAUUUGCCGGGCGGAGCAAAGAUAAAUCAGGAGGCACAUCCGGUGGGCGCAUUGAGGGCUACACGGAGCUCCGCCGUGAGGCUAAGCGGAAUGCUCGCCGAAGGAGUAGAAAAAUGGCAGAGAGCUUGUUUUAUCGGCUGAAAAAUCCUCACAAGAAUUUCCCGGAUAAUUUUACAGAGGAGGAGCUGCAAAUGAUUGGUUUGGGGUAUGAUCGGAUGGUGAGAUUUAUGGAAAAGGACGACCCUAAUUUAAAGCAUCCCUACGACUGGUACAAGUAUGGAGAAUUUGGACCCUACUCGUGGCGUGGCGUUGUUUUGGGAGACCCAGUCCGUGGUAGAUUUAGCGAUGAACGUGUCGCAAUGAUGGGUGAGGUUAGAGAUCAGGAGGAGUGGGAGAAGAUUGAGCAGUAUGACAUGGGCGUCGAUUUUCAGAAAAAAUUGGACUCCAUGGAUUCAAGCAAGAGAAAAAGGUAUUACUGGGUAUUUGUCCGGCAUCCGAAAUGGAGAGUUGCGGAUUUGCCAUGGCAACAAUGGACGCUAGCAUGCGAAGUGGCGGUGGAGGCUGGGGAUCACCGGUUGGAUAAGUGGACACUGAUGGGACGGUUCGGGAACAAUGCACGUGCGCUGAUUACAAAAUGCGCGGCGUGGGUGAGGCCCGACAUUAUAUAUGUUAAAAGGCCAGUGUAUCAAUGCCGCUUCGAGCCACAGGACGAGUUCUUUGCAGCGCUGGCACCGUUGCUCGAUCCGGAGUCGGAGGAGGAGUACAUGUGCGAGAGGAAACUGGAGGACGGGAGCAUGGAGCUGUGCACGUAUUUCGCAGGUUUGUGUAGGAUCUUACGAGUGAAUCCGAAGGCAUUUGUGGACGACGUGGUGAAGGCAUACGAGAAGUCGAGCGACGAGAGAAAAUCCGAGUGCCUUGAGUUCUUGUUGGGCAACCACCCGGUGAUGUUGUUGCAUCCGUAUACGAAGGAGUGGAAGGCGAAGUUGGAAGAAAUGGAGUUGGGUUGCGAUGCACCCGACGACGACGACGACGAUAGCAAUGUUGCUAACGGGAAUGAGAUAAUCGAUUGGGUCGAGGAUGAUGGCGGGAAUUACGGCACUAACGACGACUACGAGGAUGACGAGGACGAUGCACCGGAUGAUACGAUCGACGAUGAUGAGGAGGACGAAGGGAGUUUGGACCCGAAGGAAGAUAUAAAGUAUUGGGACGAGGCGUUCAAGAAGGCGGUGAGAAGCAACGAGGCGAUGGAGAAGAUGGUGGAGAUAAGCGUGAAUACGACGAGCAAGUUUUAUGCGGAACAGAGGCGGAGGAAGGAGGAGAUGGAAGGAGACGGAGAUGGAGAUGGAGAUGGAGACGAGCUAGAGAUGCGGGGGAAGAGGGCGAAGAUUAGUAGGGAAGAGUGGAAGGUGCUCGGGUACGGGCCGUAUAGGAAGAGGGUGAAGAAGAGCAAGAUUCCGCCGGAAUUGUUUCUCCGGGCCGCCGUCCGGCCAUUCACCUACCGGAAUCUUGUGAAGGAGAUUGUGCUUACAAGGCAUGCCAUUCUUGAGGGUGAGAUUGGACCCAUGAAGAAGAACAACAAGUGAAGUUACUGGACGACCUUUGUCGUAAGAAAGAAAUUCAAACUACCAUAUCUAGGAGGGAGGGAUUUUUAAGUUGUAUUGUUUGUUGAUGUAGCAUCGUUUAAUAUAUUUAAAUGUUUUGCAUGUUUACCUUUUCAAAUAUCAAUUAUAUUUAAAUAAAAGUCAUUUAACCAAGAGUGAAAGUAAAGGACGAAAACGGUUCUACUAGUCAUGGCGGGCUAUGGUUCAAACUUCUGACGCCUCCAGC